AUGGAGUCACCUAUUUUUCAAUACAACUUGAAUAUAGGAGAGAAAACAGUUUUCCAAGAAUUCCUGACACACCAGGGCACUGUGGUAAAAACCUGCUGCUGGCAGAGGCAGAGCCACACAUCCGUGUGUGCCGAGUGUCCCUACCACAUAUGGAUGGGGGAAGAAGCCAGAGUCCCUUACAUGGAAUUCCACAGGAGUCUUUGGCUUCCCACACAGACCCCCAGUGACUCCCAAAACCUUCUCUUCUGUGGGCUGAGGAGCUUCUUGGGCAGAAUCCUCCGAAAAGGCUGUGCCACAAACUGCAGUAGCCAAGGCAAGCCGGGGGCUGUGCUGUUCGAGGAUGGCUUACCUGGAUGCAGCCACAGCUCCUGUGCAAGCAUCAGCUGCAUCACCCCCUGCUCCCAUUUCUCACCCUGCAAGGAGGCUCGACACUGCUGUGUGAGGAAAAUGUUCAGCUUCCUGCUGACACCUCACAUCUCACUCUGCAUCUCCUGCUCUGAGCCCUGUCUCUGCAGGGACAGUCCCCCCGGGGCUCUGCGGGACCUUGGCACCCUCGAGUGACCCUGCAGGGGCUCCAGGAGGGCACGGCCAUACCUGCUCUGCCUCAUUGGCAUCAUGGGGGCAACCCCUCGUCACCCAGCUGUGCCAGCAGGUACACAAAACCGACAU